UUUACCGCGGCACGACGCUGCGCGCAUAAAAACAAUUUCAGCUUCGCUCGCAAGCUUUCCGUAUCGCGAGCGCAAUACAUUUUCUAAGUGCAUCGUGUAUGUUCUGAUAACAUGUGCAAACUUUUUAAACACAAUUGUGCAAAAUUGUGCGGACAAUGAUGCUUGGUGCAUGACAAAUAGUUCCUGGUAAAAAUGCACGCAUCCUGCAAAGGAGCGCUGGUCGCAUUUGUAGUUAUCCUGCAUUUGAUCAACAUCGCGACAGCGAAAUCGUCGCAUUCGCAAUUAUGGGACCUGAAUAUCGCCGAAUUGUGCGUCAACAAGUGUCGUACAAGUGUGAGUUUGAAUUUAUUUCUUACGAACACGGACCUUACGCAAUGCGAGGAUCAAACGUUCUGCGAUCAAAAAUGCGAGGAGGGCUGUAAUUUGUGGAAAUCAGCCGUGGAGACGUCGUGCGAGAAAGCAUGCAACGUCACCACGACCAUCGUGCCGAAGACUUUGUACUGCAUUCUCGGCUGCAACGACGCAAUCUCCAUGUACGGCAUGGAGUUGCAGGCACGGUUGGGCGACCUGCCGGCGCCGGCGUUGGUGGCGGACAGCCUGACGGCGACGUCCCUGCGUCUGGAGUGGAAUUUCCCGCUUGCACGCGACGCUAGACUAAAGUAUUUCCUGCAGUACGAGGAGCGUGAAGAUGCCUGGCAAUACUGCCGCAAUCAGAGCUGGGGUGCACAAGAUACAGUAUUUGUUGAUAAAUUAGAACCGUAUACUAAAUAUAGAUUUAGAGUUGUCCUGUUAUUGACUGAGCGCACGGAGCCAAUUGUCUCACCACCCAGUGUGGUUAUCAGUACCCUACCUGAAGGGGUACCUGCUUCGCCGAGUAAAGUACGUGCCGUCCCCGUUGAUUCAACGCGCAUCACCGUCAGCUGGGAACCUGGUCCAUUUCCGCACGGUCCUCUCCUUUCCUAUGUGCUCCGCAUUACAGAUAAUCAACCCAACGGAUACUCGGCACUUAAGGAUUUACCAGCGGAGACGAAAUUUUUUAUGUGCAAAAACCUCAAUCCGAAUUGUAACUACACUGUUUCUAUUAGCAUGCGAAACGGGAUAGGACCUGGACCACCUGCAAUUGUUACAGUUGCCACACCAAAACAACCAAAAGCUAAACAUUCGGAGAAACCAAUAUUGAUAUUAGGUGCGAAUCAUGUUGUCAUUGAGCAAGGCACGGACAUGAUUGAUGAACCUGUGAUACUCUAUAAUACUAACAACGCAUUCAUUAUGGGUGUGGCCAUUCAUGUCAGUAAAAAAUUACUAUUCGUCUCCGACUCAGACCGGAAUAUAUUCCGUAUGCCCCUGCAUAAAUACUCAAAUCAUAGAAGUAAAACCAAAAUACUCUCAGCCGCGCAGAUGGAUUUUUUACCAUUAGAUCUAUCAAUGGAUUGGCUCAAUGAACAUUUGUAUAUACUCGGUGAAGUUUCCCGUCAAGAUGGUAAACUUGCAUGGCAGAUUGCUCGUUGUAACCUGACUGGUGGUGAACUUACAAUCGCAAUUGCCGGAUUGUUGCAUAAACCAACACAUUUUGAAGUUGAUCCAUAUAAUGGUUACCUUUUCUGGGGAAUGGCAAGUGGAAUAUACCGACUUGAUCUUGCCGAUGUAAGCAAUGGCGUUAAACAUGAAGUGAAACCUUUCAAGAUCACCAGUGAAAAAAACCUCGGAGCAUUCACGGUUGACCACGAAGACUUUAAAAUACUCGUCGCGCAUCAGAAUAAAAACACAGUGAUAUCGAUUUCGUUCGAUGGGAAAGAAGUGAUGAACAUGCGGCCGAAAGCGACGCGACCGCGAUUUGAAAAAGUUCUCUCGCUGGCGACCGCAAAUGAUAUCUUGUACUGGACCAACGGUGUUGAAGUGUAUUUCGAAGAGCAUCAUCCUGAUAAUAAUUACUAUUUUCACAACUCAUAUCCGCUAUCGUUAUCUAAUACAUAUUCACAAGUAUUAGUUAAUCUGACAAGCAGUCAAUCAACACCCAUACCAUUGAAUCCACCGAUUAAUGUGGAUGCUAUUUUUGGUACAAAUACAGCGAGGAUAUCAUGGCAGGUACCUCAUAUAUUAGGUUGGCAAGGAAAAGGAGCAUGGAGGAAUUGGUCUUAUGAUAUAUCAAUAAAAGAUAUGACAACGCAUAAUACAUGUUAUGUGAGAGAUAUUAAUUCUACAACGCAUACAAUUCAUGGAUUGAAUGAAGACACAGAAUAUAUUAUCAAAACUUUAGCGUAUACUGUGUCGGGGAAUGGUCCAUGGUCAACAGAGUUUGUCGGACGCACUCUUAAAUCCAACCCGGAUAACACUACAGCUACUAUUUUGUGGUCUGGUACUGAAGGGUUGCUUCAGUCUGAUGUAACAGGAGAAAACAUUGAAAUUAUUAUUCAUAGUAGUUCCAACAUCGGAGCGAAUGUUACUGAUAUUGCUUGGUAUGAAGAUAAACUUUUCCUGGUCACUAAUACAUCACAACUGAUUUGGUACAACACGACAAGUCAAGAAAAUGGCACUUUGAGUGACAUUGAUUCAGUGCGAAGUGUGUCUAUUGACUGGAUUGGAAAGAAGUUGUAUUGGUGCAAUCCAAAACAACAAAUGAUCAUCAGAGGAAAUUUAAACGGCAGUCAAAAGGAACAUAUUAAACUAAAUACAUUGGCAAAAGAACUACACGUCGAUUCAAUUAAUGGUUAUUUAUAUUGGUCGACAGGGCACACGCUUGAGUGCUCGCGGUUAAAUGGCGAAAAUCACUUCAAGUAUCACGAGUCGCAAAUGUUUUCGGGACUGCAUGUCAUGGGGUUAACGCUGGAUCCAGACCACAAGUAUAUUUACUGGAUUGUGCGUGGUUCUGAUCAUUCGGAUUUGUUUCGAGCCCCUAUGGCUGGUACCACUGAUAACCCUUUAGGAAAUGUGACUGAAUACAAAUUAAGGGUGUCCAAUUUGACAGGGCCGUUGUGUUACUUCAAUAACAGACUGAUUUGGCUGCAGGAUGAUAAAAGUGCGAUGAUUAGUGAUUUGGAGGGUAGGAAUACAGCGUGUAUUAGUGGGAAGAAUCUGUUGAAUUUAAACACAGUUUAUGUGAAGGAUAGUGCACUACAAUCAAUGCCAAGUACAUUUAGAGAUAAUGGGACUGAACUAAUUGUCAUACCAGUUGCAAUCAAUAGAAGUUCUAUUAAAGUUGUUGGCACCUGGGAUUUAUUUACCAUUGAAUGGGAAGAAACGACUAAUGUUAAUUAUGGUGCGGUUUUCUACGAAAUCAAAGUUGAUACAGCUUCCAGGAAUGAUUCAACGAAGAAAACGACAAUUCCACAAAUACAAUACUGGCACUCAAUUCCUCCCUUUACAAAGUUACAUAUCUCAGUCAAGGCGUUUACCUAUUGGGGAGCAUCAAUCUACACGAAAAUAAAACUUCAUUCGCCACCUUCAGUACCAGAGGCACCGUGUAAUCCACGUGCUUUUGUUACACAUGAUCAGCAUUCAUCAAAUUCCAGUCAGUUGAAAGUAACUUAUCGUUGGGACGCACCGAAAGUAACCAACGGAAUAUUAAGAGGGUACCACAUUAUUUGGUGGUUCUCUGAAGAAGAUAAUGGUAAUUUUGCAACAGUUAUUGCCGGAAAUCUCACUGUUGAAGCUACAGUCAAAGAACUGGUGGUUGAGAAUCUGUUACCAAACAAUUACACGUUUAAAGUAUCUGCAUUUACUGAAAUCGGUGAAGGAGCCUUUUCUGAAAGCAUUGUGGUGGAUACCAUGAUAGAGAAACACAUUCCAAAGAUAUUAGUAGCUGCUGCAAAUACAAUUUACCUGAAAGACAUGGAUACAUUUACAAAUAUUACAUUGAUCCAAGGAGGUAGAUCGCCAAUACAAAUUGGUUAUUUGUACGCAGAGCAGAAAAUCUUUUGGAUUAAUGAUGUCAAUGAAUUGGCAAUGUUGAAUUUCUCACGAAUGGUUGAAAUCACUGGGAAUUUAGUGCAUUUGACUGUGGAUUGGUUAGAAAGAAGUGUUUAUUAUUUGGUUUAUAACAAAGGAUUCAGUACGGUUUUUAAACUGGAUCUGAAUUUAUACGAACGAGGAAUUGUAAAAAACAUGAAAAUAGUAGAAUUGCAAGAGGUAAUCAAAAUUGAAGUCUCACCGUUUGAAAAGGCUUUAUACUGGUUAGAAUGGAACAAAAUCAAACAAGAAGGACAAAUUUACAAAGCAAGUGUCAGUGGAAAGCAUUUAAUCAAAAUGAUAGACACCAGAAGUCGUUGUGAUUGUCCUAAAGUCACCGGACGGACAUUUUCUCUUGAUCGUUCGUUAAAAUACGAUACACAAUUGAUAUAUUUGUCUUCAAAUCGUAUAAUUUCAACUAAUGAUGGCUGCAAAUGCAAAGUGUUAACAGACCAUGUCACAUCCAACAUUACUUCUAUUUCUGCUGAUUCAAGUAACGUGUUUUGGUCUGAUAAAAAACUCCAUAUGCUAAAUUUAAACCAAAAGCGAAAUAAUAUCUACGUGGAGAAUACAUUGGUGAAUGAUGUGAUGAUCUACGGAGCAAACAAUCAACCAUAUCCACAAAUGGAGUGCCUUAAACCUUCGAAUACAGCUGACAUGAAAGUGUCAAUGGUCAAACGCACAUCGAAUACGUUAACUCUCAAGAUGCCUGAAUACCAAUCACCUUGUAACACUACAAUGGCGACUGUAAAGUAUAUUAUCUACUAUGCAAAGUAUAACAUGAUGACGGGCCCUCCCAGCUGUGACGAGACAUGUAUUCAAAAGACAACCUUUGACACCACCACUGAUAUUAUCAACCUACGACCAUACACGAAAUAUGUGUUUGCUGUCGCGUUGAAGAACUAUUUCAGUGAACAAGAUGGCGACGCAAUAAUCAUAGGUUCAGGUGUUGUAUUUCAAACAGAUGCUGGUGCACCAACUCCUCCUCGAAAUGUACGUGUUGAUGUGUUGAAUCCUACUUUGUUAAGUGUACGUUGGGAACCGCCAGCGACUUUGAACGGUGAUUUUGUUUACUAUGAAGUACAUUGGCAAACUGAGGGUGCCAUUAGUGGUGAGCGACAUAAAGGAGAACAAACUGUAACGAAUCCUUUACAUGCUGCUGUGUUGACAACGAAACUUCAAACAGUUUCACCUAAUGAAACCUACUCAAUUUGGAUACGUGCGUAUAGUCAAACAAAUGAAACAUCAAGUGAUAGUAAACACGUGGUGGUUGUCACCUUCCCACAACCGGGACCUAUUCGAUUAAUGGAGAAUUCUGCAACUGAAUUACGUGUUCAAUGGAAUAUUUCACGAUUUGUGGAUAAGUUUACAAUUCAAUACACAUUACUUACAAGCACGCUAUGGAUGGAUAUUAAUGAAACUGAAGUAAAUGGUAAUCUAGCAGAGAUUACCUUAAGGCAGUUGAAACCAAAAACCAUAUAUAAAUUCCGUUUGAGUCUUAAGUAUCCUCUGGAUGUUGAAAAUUAUAUCUGGCCGAAAGAUUCACGAUUUGUUUUUGAGACACUUGGGGACCGUCCUUCACCACCUGGUAUACCACGAAUUCAACACGUGAAAAAUGAUGUUUAUAAAGUAUGGUGGGAACCUUCAAAAGACAAUGGAGCACCUAUUAUAAUGUACAAUUUAGAAACACUCAAAACACCUAAUUAUCGCGCGAAGAGAAAUGCCAAUCGCACGGCGUGGUUUGCAACAGGACCAUUUGUAGACGACGAUGAAGAAUUCAUCUGGGAGUCUAUUUAUAAUGGUACAGAUUCCUUCUGGAUGUUUAGUGACUUUCAGAAUGACUAUAGGUAUUCUUUUCGGGUGUCUGCAGUAAAUUCCUAUGGUUGGAGUAAUUUUAGUGAGGAAAGUGUACAGUUUGACAUGGCUGUCGCUGCGCAAAUGGCGAAAAAGAAUGAUUUUUCUCAAGUAGUGAUUGCCAUUAGUGUUACGUUUGGUAUACUGAUAUUUUUAUUAAUAGCUUGUAAGCUAUUAUGUUGCUGGGUAUGUAAAAAGAAUAAAAAAGAAGGACUUAAGAUUCCUCUGCGGGGACCUGACGUGGAAUUAGCCACUUUAAGAGAGUUACCACGAAUUCUAAACAACACCAACAUAUUAUACAAUCCCAAUAAAAUACCAGAUGAUAUCUCCAUGCUACCACAUAUAAGCAGAGACAAAAUAACACUUGUUAAAUUCUUGGGCAGUGGGGCAUUUGGUGAGGUAUUCCAAGGAAAAGCCAAGUGUAUAUCUGGUAUGGAAGGUGAAACUAAAGUUGCGGUGAAAACACUACGAAAAGGUGCGUCAGAUACUGAAAAGUUUGAGUUUCUACAAGAAGCGCAACUGAUGAGUCACUUCAAACAUGAACAUAUUUUGGAAUUACUUGGUGUGGUUCUUGACAAUGACCCACAUUAUAUUAUCAUGGAACUGAUGGAAGGUGGUGAUUUACUGACGUAUUUACGAUCAUCAAGAAAACCAGAGUCAAAUGUUGGUGGUCUUAAUUUAAUAGACCUUUUAAAAAUGUGCGUGGAUGUUUCCAAGGGAUGUCGUUACCUUGAAGAGAUGCACUUUGUCCAUAGAGAUUUAGCAUGCCGUAAUUGUUUAGUGUCCUCAACUGACCCUGCAUCAAGAAUCGUCAAGAUUGGUGACUUUGGUCUUGCCCGUGAUAUCUACAAAAAUGAUUACUAUCGCAAGGAAGGUGAAGGUCUCCUUCCGGUACGAUGGAUGGCCCCUGAAUCAUUAGUAGACGGAGUAUUCACUUGUCAAAGUGAUGUGUGGGCUUUCGGGGUUCUGCUCUGGGAGAUAAUGACACUGGGUCAGCAGCCAUAUCCUGCUCGUAAUAAUUUAGAAGUUCUGCACUAUGUGCGGCGUGGAGGUCGUCUGGGACAACCCACAAAUUGUCCAGAAAUACUACACAAUCUCAUGCUCAAGUGUUGGGAGACGGAAGCUGAACGAAGACCUACCUUCAAGUAUUGCCUAGACACCUUGGACAGACUCCAUCUUAAAAUGGCAGGGAGUCCAAUGACGGGCGCACAUAUAGGCCACUAUGUGAGCACGGUCUCAGCACACUUGGAUGGCAUCUCAAAUCGCGCAUAUUUUCAAGAUGAAAAUCAUAAUCAUUCAGCGAAUUCGGUAGUGUCUGGCAGUGAAGAGGAAAGCAGCAGGGAGCAGGUACCAUUUUUACGCGCCAAUUCAACUUUACCAACGGCACAACACACAUAUUUGGACAUUUUACAAGACAGUGAUAAUGCCAUCGAAAAUGACGGUUACGAAGUACCGCGUGCCAUUCCCUUCGAGCCCGUCCCAGCCGAGUGAGAUAAAUUUAAACAGGUUGUGCACGAUUUAACGAUGAUCGAACAUUUACUUAAACCGAUUUUACGAACAUGAACACUGAACAAAAACAAACGCCGACUAAUUUGUAAUAUUCCGCUAGAGAAAAACGUAUUAUGUGCAAAACACAAAGCAGAAGGCAGUUUAAAUCAGUUUUAUUUAAUUUAUGGUAUUAAAUAUUGUGUUUUUACAAUGUUUUAUCUUGACCACUCCAAGAAACCGAAUGAUUAGUGUUCCGUAGGUUAAUCUUUUUUAUUUCUGUGGAAUAAAAUUAAACAUUAAGAAAUUGUAAAUAAAUGUAUAAAUGAACUGGGAUAAGUGUAUGUGUGGAAUGAGAAUUAAAAUGAUUUUAUUUAUUACAAAAA